GCGCCUCCGGGAGGUAGCGGCGCGCGGCGGCGCUCCCGGGGCUGGAUGGGCUGGGGGGGGCUGGCGGGCUGGCCCUGGCCGCCCCGGGACCCCGUCUGCUGCGCGUUGCUGGCGGCCGCCGGGCUCUUCCUGGGGCUCUACUGGCUGCUGAGCCGCCCGCCCCGGGGGCUCCCGCCGGGCCCCAGACCCUGGCCGCUGGUGGGCAACUUCGGCUUCGCGCUGCUGCCCGGGCCGCUGCGGAAGAAGUGGCAGGGGGGCUCCCGGACGCUCUCCCCGCACCUGCUCCUGACCGGCCUGGCCAAGGUCUACGGCAGCGUCUUCAGCCUCUUCGUGGGCAGCCGCCCCAUGAUCGUGCUCAGCGACUUCGAGGCGGUGCGGGAGGCGCUGGUCAGCCAGGCCGAGGUGUUCAGCGACCGGCCCAGCAUCCCCAUCGUGGCCAUCCUCACCAAGAAGAAGGGUGUCGUUUUUGCACCAUAUGGUCCAGUAUGGAGGCAACAGAGGAAGUUUUCUCACUCAACUCUUCGUCAUUUUGGAUUAGGAAAGCAUAGCCUGGAACCCAAAAUCAUUGAAGAACUGAAGUAUGUGAAGGAAGAAAUGCUAAGAUACGGAAAGGAUCCAUUUAACCCCUUUCCCAUUAUCAGCAACUCUGUGUCCAAUGUUAUCUGUUCUAUGGCCUUUGGUCGGCGCUUUGACUAUGAAGACAUUGAGUUUAAGACCAUGCUAAGUCUCAUGUCACGUGCGCUAGAGAUUAGUGUAAAUAGCCAUGUACUUCUGGUCAAUAUUUGCCCUUGGCUGUAUUAUCUUCCCUUUGGCCCUUUCAGAGAACUGAGACAAAUUGAGUUGGAUGUCACAGCUUUUCUAAAGAAAAUAAUUGCACAGCACAGGGACACCCUGGAUAGAGAAAAUCCCAGAGACUUCAUCGAUAUGUAUCUCCUGCAAGUGGAAGAAGAGCGAGAGAGCAACAGUGAGAGCAGCUUUAACGAAGACUACCUGUUUUUUAUCAUUGGUGACCUCUUCAUCGCAGGUACUGACACCACUACCAACACGUUGCUUUGGUGUCUGCUCUAUAUGUCUCUCCACCCGGAAACACAAGAAAAGGUUCAUGCAGAAAUUGAACUGGUCAUCGGGCAUGACAGAGCUCCUUCUCUCACUGACAAGACUCAUAUGCCCUUCACAGAGGCAACCAUCAUGGAGGUGCAGAGGAUGACUGUGGUUGUUCCUCUUUCUGUUCCUCGAAUGGCCUCAGAAACUGCUGUGCUACGGGGAUAUACUGUUCCUAAGGGCAGUGUGAUUGUGCCCAACUUGUGGUCAGUGCACAGAGAUCCAAAUGUAUGGGAGAGACCAGAUGACUUCCAACCAACAAGAUUUCUGGAUGAAAAUGGCCAGCUAAUCAAAAGAGAAACGUUCAUUCCUUUCGGAAUUGGUAAACGUGUGUGCAUGGGAGAGCAGCUGGCAAAAAUGGAGCUGUUCUUGAUGUUUGUAAAUCUCAUGCAAAAUUUCACCUUUUUGUAUCCCGAGACUGCUACAAAACCAGCCAUGGAAGGAAGAUUUGGCCUAACUUUAGCUCCAUUUCCAUUCAAUAUAAUUGCUUUGGAGAGAUGAAGAAACUUCAAAAAAGACUAAAUGAAGAGAUACUGUACUUAGCAAAUUCAGCUUUAUAUUUUUAUCAUUCUGAGGUAUGAAAACAUGUUCAAUAAAAAUGAUUGGUGAACAUUCCUUGAUUAUGAACUAGUAACUCAAGUUUAGCUGCUGAAUUCCAAAAGUGACUUGAUGAGAGCAUGUCAGCCAAUUUAAUAUUCUUUGUCUUUUUAUUUCUUUAAGAUACAGUUUACCCAAUCUGCUAACGUUAAUUUUGGGGCAAAGGACCAAAAUAACACAUGACGCUUUACAAGUAUCAAGUGUCAUUUUGGUCAGUAUGUUCUCAAAGUAUUUUGUGUAUACACUUGCCAAACAAAAGGAAGGAUGUGAUCAACUAAUACUAAAGGAAGCAUAAAAUGAUUUAAGGGAUUUGUAUGUUUGUAUGAAGAAACAUGGUGACUAAAUGCUAUGUUGCUGAAGAGUGUUAGAAAUGACAAGAACAGGGAUACUCAGACUAAGGCUCACAAGUGGCUCUUUAAUGUUUCUCCUGCGGCUCUUUGCAGCACUAGAUGUUAAAACUGUGUGAUUUAAUUAUUAACCAAUCAGGAUGCUUUUACUAUGUUAUUAACCAAUUGUCGGUGAUAAAAUAAUACUUGGUCAGUCAUUUUGGUGUGAGAACUACAUAUAAUAAACUAUAUAUUUCCACAUCAUACUAUUUAAAUAUGAGUGUUUUGAAACCAUGAAUUCACACUACUACUACUGUGGCUCUUUUGGAUAAUGUCAAUUGCUACUUUGGUUUCUGAACCACUGAGGUCUGAGUAUGACUGGACUAGACGACACUUUCUGUAACUUGAGAGGAUUUUUUAUUUUUUAAUUUAAGUGACUUCUAAUUUAUAGAUAGGGGCCAAACCAAAAUGCCUCACUGGAUCCUGGAUCAGAACACUCCUGAGUAUUGGGAACCUCAUGAAAAUUCAGGUUCACACUCCAAGGAGAACCCUAUCUCAUGCGGUCUCUGGGUACGUCUACACAGCCAGUAGGAGCGAGCUUUUGACCGAGUCGAUAGACUCGAGCUCACGCUACUGUUCUAGAAAUAGCUCUGUAGACAGAGCUUAAGUUGUGGGUUGGCAUCUUCCCCCGCCCCCAGGUUUAAGAGCCUGAGCCCCAGCCUGAGUUGCAAUGUUGUCAUAAAUAUAAAGGGAAAGGUAACCACCUUACUGUAUACAGUGCUAUAAAAUCCCUCCUGGCCAGAGGCAAAACCCUUUCACCUGUAAAGGGUUAAGAAGCUAAGGUAACCCUGCUGGCACCUGAUCUAAAAUGGCCAAUGAGGGGACAAGAUUCUUUCAAAUCUGGGGGUGGGGAACAAAGGUUUUGGUCUGUCUGUCUGUCUGUCUGAUGAUUUUGCUGGGAAUAGAUCAGGAAUGCAGCCUUACAACACCUGUAAAGUUAGUAAGUAAUCUAUAAGUAAUCUAGCUAGAAAAUGCAUUAGAUUUUUCUUUUGUUUAAUGGCUGGUAAAAUAAGCUGUGCUGGAGGGAAUGUAUAUUCCUGUUUUUGUGUCUUUUUGUAACUUAAGGUUUUGCCUAAAGGGAUUCUCUAUGUUUUGAAUCUGAUUACCCUGUAAAGUAUUUACCAUCCUGAUUUUACAGAGGUGAUUCUUUUACCUUUUCUUUAAUUAAAAUUCUUCUUUUAAGAACCUGAUUGAUUUUUCAUUGUUCUUAAGAUCCAAGGGUUUGGGUCUGUGUUCACCUGUACAAAUUGGUGAGGAUUCUUAUCGAGCCUUCCCCAGGAAAGGGGGUGUAGGGCUUGGGAUAUUUUUGGGGGAAGACGUCUCCAAGUGGGCUCUUUCCCUGUUCUUUGUUUAACACACUUGGUGGUGGCGGCAUACGGUUCAAGGACAAGGCAAAGUUUGUACCUUGAGGAAGUUUUUAACCUAAGCUGGUAAGAAUAAGCAUAGGGAGUCUUUCAUGCAGGUCCCCACAUCUGUACCCUAGAGUCAGAGUGGGGAAGGAACCUUGACAAAUGUCUACACAGCUAUUUGUAGUAUGGUAAUAACAUAAGACUGGCCCUACUGGGUCAGACCAAAGGUCCAUCUAGCCCAGUACCCUGUUUUCCGACAGUGGCCAGUGCCAGGUGCCCCAGAGGGAAUGAGUGUCGCUCAUUCCCAGCUUCUGGCAAACAGAGGCUAGGGACACCAUGUGGGCCCAAGUCUGUCAAUCUGAGCUCAGAGGCUUGCUGCUGUGGACUGUGUAGACCUACACUAAUAGGCCAAAUUAAAAUCCCAGAUCCAACAACUAUCAAACUGUGAAAGUGAAAAGAAAACUGGAAAAUGUAUAUACAACAUGACUAUAAAAGAAGAAAUAAAAAACUGUAAUUUAA